CUUGACUGCACACAAAGAGUAAAUCUGUUGCUAUCCAAUCUCUUCGCAUCUUCUACCUUCACAAUCUUAAUUUCGGGUCCGUCUUCAUCCUUGAUUCCACCAAGGUACCCAAACUAGUACAGACUUGCACUCUAUAUUCGCAACCAUGACAAUCACUGGAAGCUGCAUGUGUGGUGGUGUGACGUAUGCCGUUGAAGCUGAGGAAUAUCUCGCUGCGCUGUGCCAUUGCAUUGACUGCCAGAAGUGGACCGGCGGUGCCUUCACCUCCAACGCCGUCGUCCCCCGCACCAGCUUGAAAGUCACCAAGGGAACCCCAACCACCUACGACGCCAUCGGUGCCUCCGGCAAGAUCAACAAACACUUCUUCUGCCCAACCUGCGGGUCCGGCUUAUACACCGAGCUUGAGGUGAUGCCGGACAACACCUGCAUCAAGGCUGGUACACUGGACGGUGGCGAAGCGAACCUGCGGGGUAAGAUUGAUAUUGAGUUUUACGUUAAGGAUCGCCCAAGUUAUCUUGCCGCUGUCGAGGGUGCUAAGCAGGAGCCGGCGUUUGGUGCUUAGAGUGCGAAUAUACCAGGUAGUCAAUGGAAUUGUACAUAAUCGGACAGAGUAUGUAUAGCUGAGAGCUGUCUAGGAUAGAGGGGGUUGUUCGGGGUUCGGCUGGAUGUGGAUCUCGGUGAUUGGGGGGAAACAAAAGCCGGACUGUAGCUUGGGGUUAUUGCAUGUAUUAGUAUACGUGUGGCGUAGGCUCUCGAAGUAGAUUCGAACAUACUAUUCAAUGAACGAGCUGACGAGAAAUGAAAAUGUUCGUUG